GAUGGUUGGCAUUUCCCGGACGGCGCAAAUGAGACUGUGCAAUCUCACGGUCGGUCAAAGCUGGCUUUGAUUGAGCCUGUCAGCGUGCCCUCCUUUUCAUCAUUCAGGAAGCGAACCUCGCAGAUCCCACUGGCGAUAGCCUCGUCGCCUGUAAGGAGGAAGCCCGUGCCAGAUAAACCUUCACCUAGAGCCGUUUCCUUCUCCUACAUAGCCUCUCCGUCCCAGCCCCACGAUGCUGCUCUGCGAACGAGGCAUUCUUCUCUAGACCAGUCGUCGCUGCUGCAGGAAACGGCUUUAACGGACGUUAACGUGCCCCUUCGCGCGUCAGAACAACAGAGUCACCAAGACCAAGCUCCGGAUACCUCGAGUCCUGUACAUCUCCCACCCGUUUCGUCUCUCGCUCUCUCCCCUCCCGGUGCACAACGUCGCAGCAUAAUCGACAGUCGUUUGCCGCUGCCGUUGAGAUAUGAUAAGACAACCGCUCCCGGCCACCACACAAAUUCUAGCCUGUCGAGUCAGACGUCAGUCCCAGCCUCUCCUCGCAGAGGUCGCUCUUCUACCAUGAGUGUCCCCAUCCACGCCCCUGCCAUGACCGUGCAGCUCGACGGCAUACCCAGGUCAUUCACCGACGAGUCCACCGAGUCCUUCGCCUCGUCGUCACCCCAAAGGAGAUCCAAAUCACCAGGCCGCAAGCUAGGCUCCUUCUUCGGCUGGAAGUCGUCUUCUCCCAACCUAGAAGCACACUCACCAGCGACAUCCUUCUCCGACGUGUCUGCCUCACCAGCCCACUCUCGCAACACUAGUCACAUCGAUGCUACACCUACAAACAUGGGCCUCACACCACCCGCACUCGAUUUCCACAGCCACCACCGCGGCGGCUCCCAAUCGCAAUACUUCGAUCUCGCCAAUGGCCAUCCCAUGUCCGGUUCGUCAACCAUGAACGCUCAUGUAGAGGAGCUGGAACGCGAGCUCCAGCAAGUGAGUUCGGAACUUGCUGGUUCCAUUCGCCGGGAAAUGGAGCUUGAGGACGAGAUUGAUCGCUUCCGCAACGAGAUGCCUGCUGGCACCAGCGAGCUUGGCCGAAGAACAAGCGACUACUUCUCCGAUUCUGGUACCAGCUCUCUCAGAUAUCCCCUCGUCGACAGCGAAGCCAAAAUAGACGAACUAGAGCGUCUCAAGAGAAAGGCAGAACAAGAGAAAGCACAGAUGCAGGUCGACUACGCUCAGAAGCUUUCCGACGAGCUGAAGUUGAGGAAAAGCUUGGAGACACAAAUUCAACAGCUUGAAGAGCAAUUACAUCACAACCAGGAUGGCGCACCUCUGGAAGGAGGGCACAAAGACGAACGGGUUCGCGAACUCGAGGUCUUCCUCGACGAGACUCGUCGUCGCCUAAGUCAAGAGCGCCAGUCGAAGGACAAUUUCGAGGACCUUUUCGCCGCUCUCAAGGACGAGAGCGAGAAGCAUCGCAACGAGCGCGACAACCUUCGUGACGAAGUCGUUCCUGAGCUCAAGGCCAGAGUCGAGGGUCUUGAAGCUGAAGCCGCGGAGAUGCAGUCACUUCGUUAUGAGAAUGCUGGCAUGCAACAACAGCUUCAGGCUCUUCGUGCCGAAGUUCAAAUGCUUCAGGAAGCACAAGACAGAGACUCUGGGUUCAACGACGAUGUUUUCGCCCCGCCGCGAUUCCCCAAAGCAGGCUUGUCACGAUCCAACUCCUUGGCUAGACCCUCUUCGAACGGCAAUCUUCGCCGAAGCAACUCCCUCGCAAGAUCUGGCUCGGUCAGAGAGCGCAGUGAGACUCGUCCACGAUCCGACUCGACUUCUGGCGACCGCCAUAAAGACAUCGAGGACCAACGUGAUGCGCUGCACCAGGCUCUCAAGAACCUUUUACGCAGAUACGAAAGCGAGAAGCGCGAGCACGCAAAGGUCAUGCGCAAGCUGACCACUGAUCGCGAUCGUGCUAGAAAUGAGAUCACUGGCAGGACUCCCUUCACACGUGAAGUGAAUCUUGUCCGUUACGAGAUUGGUGAGCUUAGAAAGCGUGCUGACGAUGCUCUCGAACAAAAGUGGCAAUGCGAAAGCAACAUUGGCGGUGUUAAGAUGGCUCUUGACAGAGCGCAGCAAGAGACGCAGUCUAUGCGUGAAUAUCUCAACGGCCGAACCGUGAGCGGAUCUUCUCGCAAGUCUACUUUUGAGGGACUUGGCAUUGAAAUUGCCGACGAGAACAUCGAGCUUGGAGAGGAAGAUCGCAAGACCAUGAUCAAGGUUCUUAGACAGAGUAUCGCUCUGGCUGAAACAGAACGCGAUGCUGCCCUCCGUGAGGCAGAGGAGUACCGCCAGAAGGCUUACAUGCUUCAACAAUCCGAGGAUGAGCACAUCGAUACACAAAACGAUCUCGCACAUCAAUUGCUGGAAGCCGCAACACGCAUGGAACAACUAGCAUCGCAGGUCCAGGAACAUUUGCAAGCUAAUAUGCAGCUUAGAGAACGUCUUAGCAUGGCAGUCGGCGCAGGACAAAAAACGCAGGAAGAGAGUACAGCAUUGAUUGUGGGCAUGCAAUCCCGCCUCAAGCUGAUGGAGGACAAUGUUGUUGCAGCACAGCAAAUGUCAGAGUUGGCACUGGUCAACCAUGAAGAGGAAGCAAAACAGAUCGACGAUGCAAACUCUCCGAAACUCCAACGUCUCAACGUGGCAGGAAAGACAACAGCGUCUUCGCUGCAAGCGUCACCUCUGUUCGGAGCCAAGAGUCCCAGAAUCGGUACGACCAGCGGGAGUAUGGCCGAGAACCUCUUCGAAGCCAGCAAAACUGCCACCCUUGAACGUAGGGUUAAGGAACUCGAAGCAGCUCUGGUCGAUGCAGACUCAGAAAUGCAGUCGGUGGUGCAGAGAAUCAACAGUUCCCAGUUCGAGAUCGCCGAACUUCAGGGCGAAAGGGACGAAGCAAACAGACAGAUGCGCCGCCUGCAAGCCUCGAUUUCAGCCGAGAAGCAAAAGGCACAGGCACUAUUGAUGGCA